AUGUACUGUAUUUUGCGUUACGUUAUCAGAGUUCUCCUGAUCGGAGCCCUGGGGACAGUUCUUUUCUGGUGCCCCUCUUGCGAGGGGGGGUUCCAGCUGAGCGUGGUGACCACCAAGAACGGAAGAAUAAGCGGACUUUACGACGAAGCGACAAAUGUCACCCAGUAUCGUUCAAUACCCUACGCUCAGCCCCCUAUCGGCGAAUUACGUUUCAGAGAGCCGCAGCCAGUCCAUCCGUGGCGAGGAAUUCGGAACGGGACCGAAAAUCCCCCAGCCUGCAUCCAGAGACGCCACCCGUUGAACGAUCGAAGACCUGCAAAAAUGUCCGAGGAUUGUUUGUAUCUGAAUAUCUACGUGCCUGGCGUUGACCCGGAAAAUUCUGACAGAAAUUACCCCGUACUCGUUUGGCUCCACGGUGGGGAUUUCAUCUAUGGAUAUAACAGUUAUAUUGAUUUUAGCUUGCUUAGCAAUCGAGGACAGUUGAUUAUAGUCUCCAUUGGGUAUCGCCUGGAUAUAUUUGGUUUUCUUGCUUCUGGAGACGAAAAGAUUAGCGGUAACGCGGGCUUGCUAGAUCAACGUGUCGCACUUGAGUGGAUUCAGAAAAACGUGGAGUUUUUUGGGGGUGAUCCCUCACGUAUUACUUUGUACGGAGAGUCGACAGGUGCAACUUGUGUAUAUUAUCAUAUUGCCAGCGCCGGAGCUAAAGGCUUGUUCAGUCGGGCGAUCAUUGGAGGCGGUGUUUUUAUUGAAGGUGUGGACACUCAAUCGACGUUCAAGGAAGUUAUCCUGUCUGCGAAAUGCGAUGCUGGCACUACUUCAGUUAAGAAUCAAACUGAGGAAGACAUGAAGGCGGGUCAUGGAAACAAAGGACUUCAAAAUGACAUAUUGACGUUUGAUGAACUGCAACAAUUAGAUCCAGUCCGUUGUCUCCAAAGCCGAUCUCCACAGAGCCUGUUGGAAAUAUCCAUGAAGCUACCGCACCAUUCUUUCGUUCCUGUAGUCGACUCACACUACGUAACAUCGAGUCUAACUAAAGCGUUUUCUUUUAACACUGUACAAAGAAGACAUUUCGGGGUGAGCUGUUUGAUUGGGGUUAACAGCGAUGGAGUUCCCAUUAGGCAGACAUGGAACCAUCACAACCGAAUGACUUUCCUUUCGCGUCUCGACGCUUUAGGCGAAACAGGAGCACACACCAAAGAAACAAUAUCUAUUGACUCCUCCAUGUUGAUGAAUGAAACUGAGUGCGGUAAUGGAGAAUUGACUCGGCUUGCCAUUCGAUCGAAGUAUUACUCAGACAGGAAGCCUUACAGUCGAUCCCUUCGUGAUGCUUACAACGGCAAAUACGUUUCUUUUAUCCAGGCAAUCUCCGAGGUAAUGACUUCGCCGCCUGGUGUACCCUUAUUUCUCUAUUAUUUCACACUGAAAUCAUCAUUUGUUAAAACGGGUGAUGGUGUAGCGGCAAGACAAACGGACGAACUUCCUUUCAUCUUUGGCAAUGUUUUGAAAGAUGAAGGGCUCAAUGCGACCUCGGCUGAAAGGAAGCUGAGCGAGGAUAUGAUAAAGAUUUGGUCGAGUUUUAUCGCCGAUGGGUGA